UUUGACGUUUGACGCCGGCUGUGUUGUUGUUGUGUUCUGUCUUCCUGUUCGUGCCAGGGUGCUCUGUCACUCGUUUGUUACGUUAGCUUAUACACUGAACGUUUUGACAGGACACAUUUCCAGAAAGCCACAAUGAUCUGGAACCCUUUGGACGUCUUUUGGAUAAUCGUCGCGACGACAAUCACUGUCGUGAGCUCACUCUACGUAUGGAAAAAGGAGAGCGUCCCAGAACUUCUGACUGCAGCGAUGCUGUAUGGAAAAAUGGCCAAGACGGAAAAGAAAUCGUUACGAUUGAAGGACAUAUCGAUUCCGAAACGGUGGUUCGCUCACUUUUACCAGUUUGGCGUCGUCAUCUUCGCAUUUUGCACAUUCGUCAUGUUGCAAAUGUUCGUGUUUAAGCAACAACCGCCUUCGAUCGUACGCCACGUUCUCGACAUAGCGGUACCCAACCGGAGUGUUGUUUCAGUUUCCGCAUCGACUAUUUUAAUUGUUCAAAUUUUGGAGUCUCUGCAAGUGUUCAGGAGAUGCUACGAAUGCAUGUUCGUUUCGGUCUACUCGGAUGCACAAAUGCACAUCUGGCAUUACUUGAUGGGGUACCUGUUCUACUUCGGAGUACAAUUGAGCAUCCUCUCCAACGCUCCGGGAUUCGCCAGUUCAAGUGCUACCAUUCCCUCACUUUCAUUGUACGACCUGUCUUGGAACCAUGUGGUGGGAACAGUUCUGUUCUUGUGGGCAUACAAGGUGCAGUUUGACAGCCACCUGCGGAUGGCAUCGUUGAGGAAAGAUAGUACAGGCAAAGUAAUCACCACCAGCCACAAGAUACCUCACGGAGGAUGGUUCGAGCUGGUCUCCUGCCCCCACUACUUUGCCGAGAUCAUGGUGUACAGUGCACUCACCCUGAUACUGUGGAGAGCUAAUUUAACGUGGUGGCUCAUGAUGUACUGGACCUGGAGCAACCAAAUUGCUGUCUCUUUCCUCAGUCAUUAUUGGUACAGGGAAAACUUCCGCGAAUAUCCAAAGCACAGGAAAGCUGUGUUUCCAUUUGUUCUCUAACUGCGUGGCACACUGGAGUCCUUGUAAAGGAAGCUGCAAAGGAGCAGUCUCACUUUCUUUUUUUUUUUUUUUUUCAUUCACAACUUCGAGUGCUCAGGUGAACAGCUGCGAAAUAAUUGACCAUAUUGGUCAGGAGCCAGGAGAACAUUCACUUGUCCUUGUAUUGUUCUUGUCAUGCUCAAGGAACUCUUUAUCUGAGGUCUACUUCAUCGAGGCUACGCCCGCAGCCCACAGGGUGGGAUGUGUUCCGUUAUGUUUCGUUAAAUCGCUAAGCCUUUUUCCACAGCAAGUACAGCACGAGUACAAACAUGACCCAGCUGGGAACUUCACCUCGCCUCCUCUCUCUGUUGCCAGCCCAACACACUACACACAGUAUCGGGUGCCGUUACAUCCCCAUCUACUGAAUUACAGAUCCAAUGGUCUUCUAGGUUUGUAACGCCUUCCAUUAUCGAGACCUGCCUGCAGGGGCAGUCGGAGAGGUGGAUCCUCCAUUUUGGGUUUGAUCCGCAUUAUGUGUCCACUUGCGGAUCUUCACGUGUGCACUCUGGGCUGUCUGGAUGGUAGGAAGGGUAACCUGUAGAAUUAGACAUCUGGCGUGGUACGAGAUGUUUCCUGUUUCUGCAUACCCGUUGUGGGGUUUCCAUUGUGCUAUACGAGCAUGGUGCCGUCGUACAUCCUGUGCCUUGCUCGUUCGUGUCACGAUUCCAUACGGUUGUGUUAGUGUGGUUGUGUAGUGUUGUGUUGUGCAGUGGUUGUAGAGUGCUUGCACCGUGACACUUGUCAUAGUUCUACAUCUACCUCUCCUUGUACUGCUUGUCUCCGCCCUCCACCCUCGCGUUUAAUGUACUUGAUGAUGAGUGCUUUUCAGGAAGCACGGGUAACGUCCCGUACGCAGCUGCGCUGCGCUGAGCCCCGGAUGUCCCGGGGAAUUGCGAUAGUUGAGCAAUGCAAUGUAGGGAUCAGCAUUCUUCGUAAGGAGCUCUUUGACUGUCCUGACCAACUACUCUCCUCUCUUUUGACUGUGACUCUUCUGUCUUCUGUGACUCUUUGGACUGAGGAGAAUGAGGACUAGAUGUUGUAUGCCAAAAGUUGUGUUGUUCAGAGAAAUGUUGGAACUGCACUGACGAAAACUGAAGUCCAUAAUUGGUGAUCUCCUCCAGUGGAAUGCCAUGCCGUGAGAAGGCACUCUUGAGCUUUUCAGUCACACACUGGGAUGUUUUACCUGUAAGGCCAAAAACCCCGGGGUACCUCGACAGGAAAUCCACCACAUACAGUAUGUUCCUGCACUGGAAAGUGCCUCAACACACUGCCAUGGAAACUGCGGCAUUUCAUGCGGAAAUAGCGGUUCAGUACGACUGACUUUGGCGCAUUCCUCACAAUGUUCAGCAGUCUCUUGAUUUGCCUUCACAUCCCUGACCACUGAGCUGAUUCCUUAGUAUGUGCCCGGCACUUUGUGAUGCCCAGAUGUCCCCAAUGGAUGAGAUGCAGCGCAUGUGCCCCCAAGUCUUUUGGGAUGAAAAGACAAGAACCUUUUAGUAUGAAGCCAUCUGUGAGCAAACCCUGAUGUGUUCAUUAUGCUGACAAAUAUAAGGCAAAUAUAAUACAUCCUUCUUGUUAGGCGUGAACAGCAUGGCCCGAAAAGCAUCUGAAUUCUUUCCAAACCAAAUUCGGGACCGAAAUUUUUUCGGAGAACAUAAUUCCGGGCCACAUUCGGCCCGAUCUGGCCAAGCCAGAUUUCUUCUCCAAAAUGGGAAGUGGCGCCAACCAAAAGAGUAGAAGUAUCCAAUGGCUAUUCAGCCGGAAGGAGAACCAUAGCAACGAUGACAUAGCAAUCGGGUUGACUGUUCCCGUGUGUGCGACUUCUACCCCUAUGAAUACAGGGAUUAUCUCAUUGAGCUGAAUGGUUGAAAGGCGAUGUUUCCCAAGGCAAGAGGUCUUCAGCCGAAAUUUGGGGUGCAUUUCGGUAGCAAGCGGUGAUGCACAGAAAAAAGUUUGGUCCCAAUUUCGGUUCGGACAGUUUUUCGUGCCAUGCGGUUCAGCCUUUAGGCUACCUAUGCUGUUGAGAAGUAGCUGACUUUCCUGGUCAGCCUCGAUAGAUCCAUACUGAAGUACCACAAGACCAGAGCCGUAUAUUAAAAGUGAGUCUGGCCAUUGGGAGGAGUCAGAAAAAGAGGAUCGACCUGCCAAUCGCAGUUUCGCGCCUCUGAGUGGUUUGCUUUUUACUAAUGGGGUCACCUUGUCACCUUACUGCUACCCAAAAUGGCGACGAAAACAAAUACAGUGAGGCGGGGAUUUCGUGACAAAAAAUUUUCGCAAACUACCCUGGCUUUACGCUGCAAAUGUACAUCCUCAUAUAUGUUUCUCGGAAAUCGGCUUCAACUAAUGGUCCUCUAUCGGUAUCUAACCGAAAAUAAUACGUUUUGUCGCCGCUGUUAGGCCUAAUGGUCACGGCAAUCGCAGCGAAAUCGUAACAAAAAUGGCGGUUUGCUGUACAAUCUCAUGUUCAACUACUGUAUUCUAUGAAUAUAAAAUUCUUGCCUUUUAUAUUCCAACUAUUCAUGUAGAUUUCGUUUAAAAGUCUUACAGAUGACAGAAUGUGUCCUAGCAGAUGGUUCUGCAGGCAGUGGUACGACGACGGAAGCAGACGAUAGAUAAUUUAGAUCAAAUUUGCACCAGAAAUCCACUAGUUUUGCAGAUUGCAAGAGCUAUCCAUUCCAAUCACAUCUAUUCCACUUGCCACCAAGUACGGUGCUGCAAUUUUGGGAUAGGGGGACAACUAGUGAGGAUAGGUUGAUUGAUAGUGCCCCAUAUUGCAAGACUCCAUCGGUCAGAAAGCUGAAAAAGUGGGUAGAGCUUCAGGUAUAGGCAUGGCCCAUUAAUGGCCAGACUCUCUUUUAAUAUAUGGCUCUGCCUGAGGCAAGGGACACUGAAAGAAGGAGACAAACACAACCAAGUCUCUCUCUCCCCCGCACCCCCCUUUUUUUUUUCCUGUCCUUCGUCUCGGCGUGUUCCUCAGUGUGGAUCUAUAUUGCCAGCUCGCUUGCUUCCUAACUAUUCUAUCGAUAGAUCUCUUCAGCCUCAGAAACUGUCUUGAAUUGGCAGGUUUGUGAGUCUGGUAUCUGACAGAUGGAUGCUCUGCCUCGUGCAUGACAACCGAGUCUGUGCUGGAUUCCUGUCAGGGGGACUCUGGAUGGGAUGUCGGCCGUUGCAAUGACCGAUCCAGGUGCAUACACGUUGUACCAGAAGUGAAACUGGCCUAAACACUCAAGAUUCGAGGUUGGAGAUCAUCCAAUGUCGCAGAGCCUAACAAGGUUACCAACGGCUUGUGAUCUGUCUUCAUGGUAAAUAACAGUCCCUUCAAAAAAAUUCACGAUCUUGGCCAUGGCCUUGUUUUGUGCAUCUCCCCAGUACCACAAACUACUCUUGGCUAAUGAUGACCUAAGUGGCCUAUGUCACUUCCGACAAGUUGGGUAUGGAACGAACGCAUAAGAUGGUUCACCGUCCUCAGUACCUGUCUAACUGCUGACACAUAUGUUGGGAGGUUUUGUAUAUCCCAAACUGUUUCAGGAUCUGGAGACACACAUGAUGCACUUUUCCUGGUUGAGUAUAAAUCCAGCACAGCUGAGUCGGCGCCAGUCUCUCUCUAGCGUAGAUAGUGUUCAUCUUUACUGGUCGCAAACAGCAAAAUGUCGCCUGCAAGGAUGCGCGACAUUUCACGCUGAACCGUGGACUGUAGAGACUCAAAUGGCAUCCUUUGAUACCAAAAUCUCCCAAACGGGGUUAGAAACAUAGUGAGCUCUUGGCUUUUGUCAUCCAGUUGUCUCUGGUGGAAUCCAGCUUAGAAAAAUUAGAAAAUUAGACAUUGGAAAAUUUAGAAAUUUUUCUAAGCAUCUAGCUUAGAAAAAUAUUUGGCCUCAUCACGCAUACCCAGGAUUACUGCUACACUAGGCAUAACGUGUCUUUCACACAAAACACGCACUCGAACUAUUCCUGUGCACCGUGCUGUAGGCGUAUAGACUGGAUGAUGUCCAGUGCACGUUCUUUUACUUUCCCUCAAAGAGCUAUUGGAACCCACCUUGCAGAUGGUAUGCUGCAGGGAACGGCAUCAAGUAUGAGCGUGAUUGUGAAAGUCUCACUUGUUCCGCCCGAUCCUUGUUUGAGUGUUGUCGAUCCUCCUGGCGAUGGCUUUGCCAUUUCUAAAAAAAAAAAAAAAUCAGAUUUCUAGCUUUUCCACAGCUGGCAAACCAAGCAGUAGUGUUGACAGCGAGUUGACCCCACAUUUACACUCCAUUACGGUCCCGCUGUCCCAUCCAGUGGUACUGACAAACCUUUCCUCGACAGAAAGUCGAUUUGAGUCGGGGGCCCGGUAACACAUCACAGAUAAUAUCUAUCGCGGCCCUCAGCCGGCUGCGUGGGAACGCCAUUGAAAUUAAGUGGUAGGGACUGCCGUCAUCUCGGCACCCGUGCUGACCUGGGAUUUGAGUGCUUUGCGAUUACGCGACACAUUGUUGCGUACUCUAAGGGUAGAGACACUGUGGAGAGCAAACUCUGGUGGUCCGACGUGCACGACGUUGACUUUUGAUGAGCUCGCUGAUCUUCAUUUUAUGAUCAUCUUGCGUGGACACGUUGAGUUUGCGACGCACUAGGCUGAAUUGCCGCUCCAUUUUGCAAAAGUUGCUGAAAGCAUUUAUUGCAGGGCAAUCUUUCCUUGAAUUGGUUUUUCUCUUUUAGUUUUUUUGUUUGUUUAUUUUUUAUUUUUUUAUUUUCCACUGAAUUGACAGCUCUUGUGAUUGCUGUUGCUUUUGCUCUGUGAUUGUGCUGCUUUUCCUUCAUUUCCUUGUCAUUUAUCGUGGAUAGGGCAGCUUCUAUCUCGAGAGACGUACAUGCAGCAUUGUUUCGGUCUCCUGUUGGCCGUGUACGUUCUCCUUGACUUUGGCUCUUUUUUUUACAAAAUCUGUCCACACUAACAUCGGUCAUUGACUGGAGAGUGUCUUACCGAGUAUACCCAUGACGAAGCGGCCUCGGAUGAGACAAUCGCUCAAGGCACCAUAGUUGCAACUUUCCGGGUUGGCGUACAGUAGAGCAUUGCACGGGCCAUAUUUUUAGGCCCAGAUUUGGCCCGAGCCCACCGUUCCCUCGAUUUACCCGCUCAGCGCGACCGCUGCAUACCUAGCCCAGGCCCUGCCUGACCUACCGCAUGAGGCUGUAAAAUGUGACCGUGGCUAACUAAGAGAGGGAUAUAAUAUCCUCGACUCUGACCUAGGCCCAGCAAUGUACGAGCCCGAGCCCGAGCCCGAGCCCAUAAUGGUCAAACCAAGCCCACAAAAGAAAGGUUUACCCCGGGUAGGCCCGAGCCCGUGCAGUGCUUUAACAUACAGUACUUCAGUGCUGUCAGGUGCUCAUCGAUAAUUUCGCCCGGUUGUUGAUAACGUUGGUUAUAUCUGCCAAUUUCGAAGGUUUCGUCACGAGCCAGAACAAAAUGUUCCGUAAACUGUUUUGUCACCUCGUCGAACUUGAUCGUUGAGUCCGACAGCUUGAAGGUUGCAAAAAUUUUGGCUUUACGUAUUUAUUUAUUUAAUUCGCUUCUGUUCCACCCAAAUAUCUACUCCUGCACAUCAUGUCGGCAGAUGCCGCCCAGUUCUGUGUUAUUUUGAAUUAUACAAACUGAAUCCCCCCCCCUCAAUUUUGCAAAACACUAGGAUCCAUGCAUAAUGCAUGUUGAUGGAAAUAUCAUGUCUGCAUCCCUGUGUGUGUGUUGUGACAGGGAGGAGUGGACACUAUGCUACACAUAUUGCAUUUUUUUCAUCUAUUGUAGUAGAUACUAUACAGUUGAUAUUUUUAUAAGGUUUACGAGUGAAAUAUUUUGAUAUGCAAUAAAAUUAAUCCAUCCUGUA